AUGGAUGCUCACGACGUGCCCUCUAGGCUUUGCUGCUACCCAUUUUCCAAGCCCCCUCCCCUGCCCCUCCCUUCCCCUUUGCUUGCCACCCUUCCCGUCUCCUCCCGUCCCCCCUGUCCCUUCCCGUCUCCUCCCGUCCCCCCUGUCCCUUCCCGUCUCCUCCCGUCCCCCCUGUCCCUUCCCGUCUCCUCCCGUCCCCCCUGUCCCUUCCCAAGGAAAGUGGCUCAUGACGGGGAGCAGUGGCCCGUGGACGCACAUGACCUGCCGUCGCUGCUGCUGUCUGUGCUCAUGCCCACUUACCCGUGCCCGGCAGAGGAGAGAGUGGGCGCAUGGGGAGAUGGCGGCAAGUGGGUGUGCAUGCUGCCAACUGCGAUUCAAGAAAACCCUAUAGUGUACAGUGUGGGCAGCAACGAGCAGUAUGACUUUGAGCAAGCCAUCGGCGCUGCGCUGCACACCAAGCCAUUCACCUUCGACCCUUUCCUCUCCCCCAACGCCUCCCAGCGCAUGCACGCCCUCCCCUUCCUCCACUUCCACGAAAUCGCCGUCGCGGGCGCAGCAAGCUUGGAGGAUUUCCGGGCGAAGAACCCCGGCAUCACGUUCAUGACUCUGCAGGGGGCGAUGGAGAAGCUAGGGCACUCGUAUGUGGAUGUGCUGAAGAUGGACUGUGAGGGUUGUGAGGAGGAGUUUAUCAUGGGCCUGAAGAGGGAGACGGAUGCGUUUCUGGAGAGGAGGAGGGCGGAGGGAGGGGUUUGGACAGAGGAUGAGAAGGCGGGGAAGCGGCGGGGGAGGGGCGAUGCAAAGCUGGUGGUGAAUGGGGGGAACCUGCCAUUCGGACAGCUGCAGGUGGAGUUCCACUACAUGCACAAGCCCCAGCAGUCGCUGCCCUAUCUGUACGCCAUGGAGGGCAUGGGGUACCGCAUGUUCCAUGUGGAGCCCAACCCGCUGUGCUACUCAUGCAUCGAGGUGGCGUUCGUGCACGAGGACUUGGUGUUCCCUCCCUUGAGCCUUGACUGCGGGUCACUUCUGAGGCGGUCUGAGGUUUCAGAGUAUGUGGCACGUGGUGGUGAUAGGUCACCCCAACCCCACCCCAAACCCAUUGUGCCCCAUGUUGCUGGUGCCUCCUUUGAGGCUUGA